AUGCAUCAACCAUUCGUCCAUCUCCACACCUCCCUUAACUGUUUAACACUUCAUCCCAUCCCUCCUCCCUACCAUCAAAGAAGAAAAGAAUCCCUCAAGAUGGACCCAGAACCAGACACAGCAGACCCCUCCAACCCCCCCGUAAUCAACUACAUUCUCUCCUUCCUCCUAGUCGGGGUAGCUUGGGGUUUCACCACCCCUUUCAUCCGGCGCGCAGCCGCGGACUUUGCAGCCCGCCAGCAACAAAACCAGCAGCAGCAGCAACCGGACAACAUCACCACCACCAAUGAUGGAACCGACGUCCCCCUAACAGCUGUGUCUCCCGAAUACACCGAUGAAACACGCCCCGAGGAUGAACGGGGAGAAGAAAGCGAGGAAGAUAAUCCUCCCCCAGCUAGCCACCAAGACCAGCAACAACCGGCAUGGAUGCAGCAGCAGAAACAGUCAAAACCACCAUCCUGGCUCCGCAAAAAGAUCACCACGUUAUUCUGGACGGUUGUGAAUCUGCUUCGCACUCCUGCUUAUUCGAUUCCCCUGGUGGUGAAUCUUACCGGGAGUGUGUGGUUCUUUUUGUUGGUGGGGAAGCAUGAACUAUCAUUAACUGUCCCCCUCGCCAACUCCAGUGCGUUUCUGUUCACCGUGUUGGGCGAAUGGUAUGUUGAGAGGAAGGUCAUUGAGCGCGAGACGUGGUUGGGGAUGGCGUUGGUGUUGGGUGGGAUUGCGGUUUGUGUUAUGGCUUAG